GGCGUGGGCACGGCUGCAGUGCCACUGCAGAGCCAGCUCCUGCUCUGGGCACAGGGCUGGGCUGGCCAGCAGCAUGUGAGAGCCUGGGCCAGCACACAGAGGGGCCAGCAGCCCAGGGAUCCUGCCCCAACCUUCUCUGGGAGCAGGAUGGAGAACCCGCUUCUCUUAUUCCCCCAACUCAACAUUUCUGCUUCCAAGGACAAAGCCUAUUACAAAAAAACAAUGAUUAAGGAAGAGCCACACAAGGCAAGCAAGGCUGGAGCUAAGCAGAAGAGAAACAGGCUGAGCCUGCUCCUGCAGAAACCUGAAUUCCACGAAGGGGAUCACCUUGGCAAACCUGGGAGCUUGACAAAAGCAGCAAGCAGUGUGUCUCCUGAAGAAGCAGUGAAGUGGGGAGAGUCCUUUGACAAGCUGCUUUCUGAGAAAGCUGGGCUGGAUGCCUUCACAAAGUUCCUGAAAACUGAGUUCAGCGAGGAGAACAUCGAGUUCUGGAUAGCCUGCGAGGAUUACAAGAAAAGCAAAAGUGCACAUGAGCUCCUGCCAAAAGCCAAGACCAUUUUUGAAACAUUCAUACAGAAAGAUGCUCCAAAAGAGGUGAACCUGGACUUUCACACCAGGGAGGUGACGAGCCGGAGCAUGGGGCAGCCUGAGCGCAGCACGUUCGAGGCGGCGCAGAGCACGGUGUACAGGCUGAUGGAGCAGGACAGCUACCCUCGCUUCCUGAGGUCUGCUCCCUACCUGGGGCUGCUGCAGGGCCGGGCCCCCGCCCGUGCCCCCCUGCGCCGCCGCUCCCGCUCCUUCACCGUCAGCGACUUCAAGGGCGCGCGGCCCAACCCCACCCUGUGGUGACAGCACAGCCCAAAUGUCUCCUCACGUGCCUUUUGAUGUUAUCCAACAGAGCUCCCACUCCUUCACUGCCAGUGAUUUCCAGGGCAUGCUGCUGGACUUCACCCCGUGGUGACAACAGAGCUCAAGUGUCUCCUCAAGUGCCAUUUGAUGUUAUCCUAUUGACCUCCUGCUCCUUCACUGCCAACGACUUCAGGGGCAGGCAGCCAAACUCCACCCUGUGCUGACAGCACAGCUCAAAUGUCUCAUUAUAUAUAUACACACACAUAUGUAAUAUUCGAUGAUAUCCAACAGUGCUUCCGCUCCUUCACCAUCAACAAUUCCAGGGCACGUGGCCAGUCCUCACGCCAUGGUGACAGCAGAACUCAAAUAUCUCAUCAAGUGCCACUUGAUGUUAUCCAACAGAGCUUCCACUCCUUCACCAUCAAUGAUUUCCAGGCUGCCAACCCAGACCUCACCCCGUGGUGACAACAAAGCUCAAAUAUCUCAUAAAGCGCCAUUUGAUGUUAUGCAACAGAGCUCCCAUUCCUUCUCCGUCAAUACUAUGCAGGGUGUGUGGCCAGACCUCACCCUGUGGUGACAGCAGAGCUCCAAUGCCUCAUUAUAUACAUAUAUAUAAUAUAUGAUAUUAUCCAACAGAGCUCCCACUCCUUCACCACCAAUGGUUUCCAGGGCAGGCUGCUGGAGCUCACCCCGUGGUGACAGCAGAGCUCAGCCCUCCUCCAGGCCAGCUCCCGCAGCAAUGAGGGUGUGCUUCAAACCCCAAACCCUCAGCAGGUGUAACUAAGCAGUAAAGCAAAACAAAAUGCACUCACACCAGGCCAGAGCCUGGAGCAGAGUCUCACUUUUGUAGAAAAGUAGGUGACUUUUGAUUGGUGAGUCACAGCACGCAGAAUUUUCCUAUGAGAAUUUUUUUUAAACUCAGGCAAAAGCUGUGAUCAUAUUUGGGGGAAAAAUUUGAAUUCCUGCUUAAAAAAAUGUCUCAUAAAGUGCUAUUUGAUAUUAUCCAACAUGUAUCCUGGGCCUGUACUAUUUAGGGCAGAGUUUCAUCACAGUUAGAAUCUCUGUAUCCAGUCUUUGCACCUAUUUAUGCUUUUGCAAUAUUUCGUACGCUAAGCACAGAGAAUUUGUGGUAUUUUCUUAUACUGUAAAACACAGAGGAACAUUAUUAGGUACAAUGCAAAAUUACAUGAAUUUUAACUAUAGGCACAGCAUAAUUAAACCUAUCAUUAAAAUGUAGCCAUUGCCUAUUUUAAGAGGAACAUAAAAAUACCUAUUUAAUUUUUUGGGGGCACAUUUUUCUCUAUUUUUAAGUUAUGUUGUAUAUAUUAGCUUUAGCAUCAAAUACACGUCUUCUGAUUUUUUGCAACUAAAUGAGCAGCAACAAAGGGCCAAGAAUGCUAUUUUAACACAAUGUGUAUCCUUAAAUACCAGUUCAUGUCUAUGUAUAUAUAUAUAUGAAAUAUUUCUACUUUUAUUUAUAAAUAGUUACAGUAUACCAACUUUGUUACUAAACUUUGUUCUAUUUAUUUUUCUGCCUUUUAUUUUGAAAAUGUGCCUGAAAAUUAACAGCUCUUGGACUCAGGCAAAGAACUUUCAGUUCCACUGGUCAUUAACAUCCUCUCUAUGGGUUAUAGAAGAGGAAGGAGAAAUCUUUUUUAUUUCUCUACUAUCAAACACAGAUAUAUAUUUUUAUAGUCAGCACACACAGUCAUUCUGUCCUUUUCUUUCACAGCUGAAGCAGACACACCUCGAAGCUUGGGGCAGUUCUUAAAACCUUAAACAUUGGUUCAGUUCAGGAAGGGGCUGCAGGAUUUAUCUGUAGCUAUGACUGGUACAUGAAGUUGCUUCUUGUGGAAUUUAAGUUUUCUCCCUUUCCCUCCCCUUUCUGCAAGUGGUGAAGGAGAAGAGGUGCAGUUCCUGAGGAUGGGACUUUGUGUUCAUGGUUAAUUUGGGAUGCAUAUGAACUGCUGCCUCUGUCUGCUUUAUUAACCUCCAAUAAACCUGAUCUGCUU